AUCUCCAGUGUCAAACUUGACAUCAGCCUGCGAGCGGAGCAUGGUAACUUCUCCAGCAAUCAGAGCGCUCCCCCUCACAUCAGUGGCAUGCUUCAUGGAGAUAUGCUCCUCUCACUGCCCUCUGCACCAGCAACAUGGAUUGUCACCUCUCCAUCCUCCUCCUUCUCAGCUGCUCUGUUCUCGACUGCUUCGGGGAACUGAUUCCGCAGCCUUCCAAUGAAGUCAAUCUACUGGAUUCAAAAACAAUUCAAGGGGAGCUGGGCUGGAUCUCUUAUCCAUCACAUGGGUGGGAAGAGAUCAGUGGUGUGGAUGAACAUUACACACCCAUCAGGACUUACCAGGUGUGCAAUGUCAUGGAUCACAGUCAAAACAAUUGGCUGAGAACAAACUGGGUCCCCAGGAACUCAGCUCAGAAGAUUUAUGUGGAGCUCAAGUUCACUCUACGAGAUUGCAAUAGCAUUCCAUUGGUUUUAGGAACUUGCAAGGAGACAUUCAACCUGUACUACAUGGAGUCUGAUGAUGAUCAUGGGGUGAAAUUUCGAGAGCAACAGUUUACAAAGAUUGACACCAUUGCAGCUGAUGAAAGUUUCACUCAAAUGGAUCUUGGGGACCGUAUUCUGAAGCUCAACACUGAGAUUAGAGAAGUAGGUCCUGUCAACAAGAAGGGAUUUUAUUUGGCAUUUCAAGAUGUUGGUGCUUGUGUUGCCUUGGUGUCUGUGAGAGUAUACUUCAAAAAGUGCCCAUUUACAGUGAAGAAUCUGGCUAUGUUUCCAGACACGGUACCCAUGGACUCCCAGUCCCUGGUGGAGGUUAGAGGGUCUUGUGUCAACAAUUCUAAGGAGGAAGAUCCUCCAAGGAUGUACUGCAGUACAGAAGGCGAAUGGCUUGUACCCAUUGGCAAGUGUUCCUGCAAUGCUGGCUAUGAAGAAAGAGGUUUUAUGUGCCAAGCUUGUCGACCAGGUUUCUACAAGGCAUUGGAUGGUAAUAUGAAGUGUGCUAAGUGCCCGCCUCACAGUUCUACUCAGGAAGAUGGUUCAAUGAACUGCAGGUGUGAGAAUAAUUACUUCCGGGCAGACAAAGACCCUCCAUCCAUGGCUUGUACCCGACCUCCAUCUUCACCAAGAAAUGUUAUCUCUAAUAUAAACGAGACCUCAGUUAUCCUGGACUGGAGUUGGCCCCUGGACACAGGAGGCCGGAAAGAUGUUACCUUCAACAUCAUAUGUAAAAAAUGUGGGUGGAAUAUAAAACAGUGUGAGCCAUGCAGCCCAAAUGUCCGCUUCCUCCCUCGACAGUUUGGACUCACCAACACCACGGUGACAGUGACAGACCUUCUGGCACAUACUAACUACACCUUUGAGAUUGAUGCCGUUAAUGGGGUGUCAGAGCUGAGCUCCCCACCAAGACAGUUUGCUGCGGUCAGCAUCACAACUAAUCAGGCUGCUCCAUCACCUGUCCUGACGAUUAAGAAAGAUCGGACCUCCAGAAAUAGCAUCUCUUUGUCCUGGCAAGAACCUGAACAUCCUAAUGGGAUCAUAUUGGACUACGAGGUCAAAUACUAUGAAAAGCAGGAACAAGAAACAAGUUAUACCAUUCUGAGGGCAAGAGGCACAAAUGUUACCAUCAGUAGCCUCAAGCCUGACACUAUAUACGUAUUCCAAAUCCGAGCCCGAACAGCCGCUGGAUAUGGGACGAACAGCCGCAAGUUUGAGUUUGAAACUAGUCCAGACUCUUUUUCCAUCUCUGGUGAAAGUAGCCAAGUGGUCAUGAUCGCCAUUUCAGCGGCAGUAGCAAUUAUUCUCCUCACUGUUGUCAUCUAUGUUUUGACUGGGAGGUUCUGUGGCUAUAAGUCAAAACAUGGGGCAGAUGAAAAAAGACUUCACUUUGGCAACGGGCAUUUAAAACUUCCAGGUCUCAGGACUUAUGUUGACCCACAUACAUAUGAAGACCCUACCCAAGCUGUUCAUGAGUUUGCCAAGGAAUUGGAUGCCACCAACAUAUCCAUUGAUAAAGUUGUUGGAGCAGGUGAAUUUGGAGAGGUGUGCAGUGGUCGCUUAAAACUUCCUUCAAAAAAAGAGAUUUCAGUGGCCAUUAAGACCCUGAAAGUCGGCUACACAGAAAAGCAGAGGAGAGACUUCCUGGGAGAAGCAAGCAUUAUGGGACAGUUUGACCACCCCAAUAUCAUUCGACUGGAAGGAGUUGUUACCAAAAGUAAGCCAGUUAUGAUCGUCACAGAAUACAUGGAGAAUGGUUCCUUGGAUAGUUUCCUACGUAAACACGAUGCCCAGUUUACUGUCAUUCAGCUAGUGGGGAUGCUUCGAGGGAUAGCAUCUGGCAUGAAGUACCUGUCAGAUAUGGGCUAUGUUCACCGAGACCUUGCUGCUCGGAACAUCUUGAUCAACAGUAACUUGGUGUGUAAGGUUUCUGAUUUUGGACUUUCGCGUGUCCUGGAGGAUGACCCAGAAGCUGCUUAUACAACAAGAGGAGGGAAGAUCCCAAUCAGGUGGACAUCACCAGAAGCUAUAGCCUACCGCAAGUUCACGUCAGCCAGCGAUGUAUGGAGUUAUGGGAUUGUUCUCUGGGAGGUGAUGUCUUACGGAGAGAGACCAUACUGGGAGAUGUCCAAUCAGGAUGUAAUUAAAGCUGUAGAUGAGGGCUAUCGACUGCCACCCCCCAUGGACUGCCCAGCUGCCUUGUAUCAGCUGAUGCUGGACUGCUGGCAGAAAGACAGGAACAACAGACCCAAGUUUGAGCAGAUUGUUAGUAUUCUGGACAAGCUUAUCCGGAAUCCCGGCAGCCUGAAGAUCAUCACCAGUGCAGCCGCAAGGCCAUCAAACCUUCUUCUGGACCAAAGCAAUGUGGAUAUCACUACCUUCCGCACAACAGGUGACUGGCUUAAUGGUGUCCGGACAGCACACUGCAAGGAAAUCUUCACGGGCGUGGAGUACAGUUCUUGUGACACAAUAGCCAAGAUUUCCACAGAUGACAUGAAAAAGGUUGGUGUCACCGUGGUUGGGCCACAGAAGAAGAUCAUCAGUAGCAUUAAAGCUCUAGAAACACAAUCAAAGAAUGGCCCAGUUCCCGUGUAAAGCACUGCUUCUGGAAGGAAGUGGUGGCUGUGGAAGGUGUAGCAUCAUCCUGCAGACAGACAAUAAUUCUGGAGAUACUGAUGGAAGUUCCAAGUCCAAUAAGACACUCAAAUAUGAGUACAAAUGCCUUAAAAUGGAAUUGAAAAACUCUUUAUUUUCCCCUAUCAUUUAGUGGAUGGGUGGGUGGGGUAUUUUUUUGUAAUUGCUUUUUUAAAUAUUAGUUAAUGGAUUAAAUUUAAUUCUUCAGCGUAAAAUGGUGAAGAACUAGCAUAUAGCCAUUGAUCAUAAACUGACUAUCAUAAAAUCAAAGAAGUGAAAUAACAAAAUGGACAUGGUGGCUUUGUUUAUGUAGAGCCACAAAAGAAAAGACUUGUAAUAUUUUUAUAUACAGAGGAAAUCUGUAACAGGUAUUUUGUUUCUUUUAAAGCAAGCAACAUAGAGGAAUUUAUACCUCAAACUAUCUGGCCAUAUUUACUACCUUAUCACUGCAUUAUUCUCUUUUAUCUGUUUAAAGCAUAUAGAGAUGAAGUUUGUAGUUGUUUUAAGUACUACAUAUUUUUAAAUUGUUAGCUUCCUUAAGUAUAUCAUGUAAAGAAAUGUCUUAAUUUUUGAAAAAAGUACAUAUUUAUUUUCUUUUGAAUUGUUUUUGUUGUUUUCUAUUUAUGCCGUGAUGAUUUAAUAUGGAUUUGUUACAGCCAAGUGCCAAAUGCUCUCUCAAAUUGUCAGCAAUUUAACUAGACACAGAUAAUAAUGGGUUUCUUUCAGAUUUUUUGAACCAUCCACUUACAUAUAUUUUUAAAAAAUGAAAUCCUUUUCCUGUUCAUACACUAACCAAAUCUCUCAUAAUCUGUUAUCCCAAUCAUUGUUGCCUCUCCGUUUAUUAUAAACUGUAUGCUCACAACUUAGUGUAAUAUACCAGCUUGUAUGCAAUGGAUUUUCAACCAGAUAACAUACCUUUCCUGCUCUGGUGCUUAGAGACUAUCAACUCCCUCCUUUAGUGAAGGAGCUGUGUUAGAGCUUCCGAGAAUAGCUCCACUGGAGAGAAGUGGAAUCCUAUAUAGAAUGCUGCACUAAUUGACAACACAGCCUAUAGGCCAACACAUGAGUAAAAAAAAAAAAAAAAAAAAAAAAAAAAAA